CGCGCGCAGGGGGCACCGGCUCCUCCCGCAGCCACGCGCCACUGCGGCCUGCGGUCACCCCUCCUGCGGCGCCGCAAUAUGGCCCGGCCCGGGGCGAGGGGGCGGGGACUCGAACUUGAAGACUCGGCCUUUGAGUUGAAGGCGGGAAAAUGGCGGAGUCCUCGGGGCGCGCCGCAGGGAAGCCUUCCAUGGGAGGUCCCAGUACUCCUAGUGGCGCUAAGCCGAAAGGAAGAAGAAUACAAGGUGGAAAAGUGGUCGAGUCCCGAUACCUGCAGUAUGAGAAGAAAAACACCAAAAAGGCUCUUGGAACAGAUGCUUUGAAGACCAGUGGGAAGAUGCCUGAAAGUGGAAGGAAACCCAGCUCACUCCAGAAGAGCAAAGAAAACAGUGGAAUCUUCGGCAAAGGUGAUCUGCAGUCCACGUUGCUGGAAGGGCACGGCACUGCUCCGCCAGACCUGGAUCUCUCAUCCAUUAAUGAGAAAAGUAUGCUCAGAAAGACUCCACAAUUAGAAAAAAAAAUGUCAAAGAAAACCGAAUCAACAUCGUUUUCUGCCUCACGAAAAAAGAACCCAGAUCUCUCCGAAGCAAUGGAAAUGAUGGAAUCCCAAACGUUACUCCUGACUCUACUGGCCAUAAAGAUGGAGAACGGUCUCGCUGCAUUUGAAGAAAAGGCCGAAAAGAAUUUAUUAACGAUGUGCCAAGAGAAAGAGAAGCUCCAGAAGAAGGUCCACCAGCUGAAGCGACAACUUCUCCUCCGUCAGAGGAAGCGGGAGCUGCUGGCCGUCCUCAAUGCUCAGAUCGAGAUGCUCAGCCCCUACGAGGUUGUGGCUGAACGCUUUAAGGAGCAGUACAAGACGUUGGCGACGGCCCUGGACACCACGAGACAUGAACUGCCCGUGAGAUCAGUCUACCUGGACGGAGACAGGCAGCAGUUCUUAGAUGAUUUGCAGCAGGAAUUGACAACUACGCUCCAUCUGCUGGGAGAACUUGAGAUCGGCAGUUCAGAUGAAAAUGAGAAAGUGCUGAACCUGCUGAGUGAGCUCAAGGAAGUGACCCAGAAGAAGGAUGUGGAGCUUCGAAGGACCUUUGUCCAGGUGCAGGAACUCUCCGCCGGGGUGAAUAAAGAGGCAGCCUUAAUCAACCAGGAGGUCUGGGAAGAGGCCCAGGGCCCCGCGACCUCUCACCAGUGGUAUUUCAGUGAGGAAGGCGCCUGCGGGGGAACUCAGGGAGAGGCAAGCUUCCCACUCCUCUCUGGCCUGACAAGCCACAUGCACUGUGAAUCCACACACAGGCUGUGUCCCCAGCCCAAAUGAGGACAUUCCUGCAAACCAUCGGGAAUAAAGCACAUUCUGUGCCUCUUGUCCAGGGCACAUCUGUGCCAGUGGUGCAGAUAUGCUAUUCUGGAAACUCAAGCACUUUAGUCACUUAAUUCUGCAGUGUACCUGUUUUUGUAUGAUAAUCUUGUUUGAUAUUUAAAAAAUAAAACUGUUUGGCAAUUGA